AUGGCUCAUACCGAAAAGUCCGUAAACGAAAAGCAUUCCGUUGACAGUGAGCGAACCGCCGCUGCCGUUGAAGAUGCACGACCUCGCAAAGGGUCCUUCGUGGACGUUGAUGAGGACAAACUGAGUGCUGCGUUCGAGAACCCGCUGAGCGGCAUCCCCAAGGAGCAACUCCUUGAGGAGAACCCUCGUGAAACGGAAGGCAUCCUCGAGUUGACGCCAGAGGACCGAGAAGUCCUCAAGAGAGAACAAACUCAUCGGUGGCAUCAGCCGAAGACGCUGUACUGGCUCGUAGUCAUAUGCUCACUAGCAGCAGCCGGACAAGGGAUGGACGAAACCGUCAACAAUGGUGCGCAAGCAUUGUACCUAAAGCAAUUGAAUAUCCCCACGGACCGCUUUCCGCCGGGCAUGGUAGACAACCUGACUGGGCUUGUUGUGGGCGCUCGAUACUGCAAUUCGUCGAGCUCUUUACCGUACCGCGAAACCGCCGAGCAACCUGGGCCUCUUGGAUCACGAUGUUCGGCUCAACAAUGGUACGGGCUCAGCGUGAUGGCCUACUACUCGACCACUAUCUUCAUCGAGUCGGGUUAUUCGACGACAUCGGCCUUGCUCGCAUCCAUGGGCACCGGCAUCCUCAACUGGGUCUUUGCGCUUCCGGCAGUCUUCACCAUUGAUCGAUGGGGACGACGAAAUCUCUUCUUGUUCACAUUCCCCUUCUUGGCCAUUUUAUUGCUGUGGACGGGCUUCAGCUUUUGGUUCGAUAAUACAAAGGCAAGGGUCGGCAUGGUUACCACUGGAAUGUAUCUUUUUGAGGUCUUCUACUCGCCUGGUGAAGGCCCUGUGCCUUUCACGUACUCGGCUGAGGCAUUUCCGGUGCACGUUCGUGAUGUGGGCAUGUCAUUCGCUAUCGCGACCACAUGGUGCUUCAACUUCAUCCUCAGUUUCACCUGGCCGCAUCUUCUGACGGCCUUCAAGCCUCAAGGUGCCUUUGCUUGGUAUGGCUCGUGGUGUAUCAUCUUGUGGUGUUUGAUUCUUCUGUUUGUGCCCGAGACCCAGGCCCUGACUCUCGAAGAACUCGAUCAAGUCUUCAGCGUCAGCACCCGCAAGCACAGGAGCUACCAGAUGAAGAACGCCGUGUGGCAUUUCCGAGUGUUGGGUGUUGAGACAGAAAUUAGAGCCACUGCCGCCGUUUUAUCGUCGAGCCGAGAAGUUGAACGAGGCGUGAUUGAUGAGAUCGUGGUGAUCCUUUCAGUAUACUGCGCGACACUCUCCGAAACCACCCGACGGCCGUAG